CUCAGAUCCUUUCUUGUGGCCAGUCCUUGCAUGAAUAUACAUGAGCUCCUGGGAGCUCUGGGAUAUUUUGCAGAGUAGCAGGACAGCUGCUGUGGAUUCUGCCCAGCUAAUUCCAGAGAAAGGACAAAAAUCUUCAUCCGUCCUGCUCUCGGGAAGACUAUGGCCGGGGCCCCGUGCAUCAAAGGGCCAUUUCUAGUUGUGCUCCUGCAGCUUGUCCUUAUCUGCUCCUCACAGAGGAGUCAAGGACCCCCCGGUCCUCCUGGACCCCCGGGAGUCCCAGGAAUUGAUGGCAUUGCUGGGGAAAGAGGAGAAGUCGGCGAGGACGGUCCACCUGGACCCGAUGGGGACGCAGGUAAACUCGGCUCUUCAGGAUUACCCGGAAUCCCUGGAAAAGACGGUUUGACCGGCCCCGUCGGAGACCCUGGGCAGGACGGUCCUCCGGGACAGAAAGGUGAACCUGGGAAUCCCGGGCCUCGCGGAGCAGCUGGUGUUGGGCCAGAUGGACCCCCUGGACCACCAGGGCCUGGAGGACUUCUGGGUGAACUGGGAAAAGCUGGCCCACCAGGAGCCAUGGGUGUGAGGGGGCCACAGGGGCCUCGUGGACCUGCUGGACCCAGAGGGGCUUCUGGAAUGCUGGGCUCUGCUGAUCUGUGUCCAAACUCGUGUCCGCCUGGUACCUCUGGACAUCCUGGCCUUCCUGGUAUGAAGGGUCACAAAGGGGUGAAGGGUGAAGCAGGAGAACCUGGUAAACAAGGACACAAGGGUGAAGAAGGGGAGCAAGGGAGUCUAGGAGAGGUCGGAUCUCAGGGGCCAACGGGACCUCAAGGGAUUCGUGGCGCCACAGGGAUGAUGGGUCCCAAAGGAGAGAUGGGAGCUCGAGGUCCUGAUGGAGAUCCCGGUUCUCAAGGAGUCGGGGGAGCAACUGGAGAUCAAGGCCAGAGAGGAGUGAUGGGUGAGCCUGGGCCUAAAGGUGAAAUGGGCGUUCAAGGGCCAAGAGGGAUCACAGGACUUCCAGGUCCUAAAGGAGAACCUGGUUUACCAGGUGUGGAUGGCCGUGAGGGUAUUCCUGGGAUGCCUGGAGCAAAGGGAAGCAUUGGGAAGUCAGGCGUUCCUGGAGAGGUUGGACUUCAGGGGCUUCCUGGUUUCCCUGGUACACCUGGACCAAAAGGCUCAAGCGGCCCUAAGGGUGAUGCUGGUCAGUCGGGGUUCCCCGGAACAUUAGGAUCUGCUGGCAAACCUGGUGAACGUGGAGAACAAGGAGAGAUAGGACCCGUUGGACCCAUCGGUGAGCCUGGAGACAUCGGAGAGCAGGGUCCUGUGGGUCCAGCUGGAAAGCCCGGCGCAAGAGGACCAAAAGGUGAUCCUGGUCUUCCCGGUCUCCCAGGCCCUCCUGGACUACCCGGAGCCAAAGGAGAGAGGGGAGAGCGUGGAGAUUCAGGACCCAAAGGAGAACAAGGCGCUCAAGGUGAUGAAGGAAAUCCUGGAGACCGAGGGGAUUCUGGUGAACCGGGCGAAGCUGGACCUAAAGGAGAGACUGGUAUCCCUGGUGAAACUGGCCAAAGAGGUCCAGAAGGAAGUCGAGGUCAGCCAGGAGUUGAGGGACCUCCUGGGACACCUGGACCUCGAGGGAUGCAAGGGAACAGGGGUCCACGUGGAGUCAGAGGGUCCCAGGGACCUGCGGGUAAAGAGCCGAGUGAUCAGCACGUGAAACAAGUUUGCAUGCGAGUCAUGCAAGAGCAGUUGGCUCAGUUAGCUGCUAGUUUAAGAAGGCCGGAGACCGGCAUCGCUGGUUUACCUGGAAAACCGGGACCUCCUGGACCUCCAGGGCAGCCGGGAGACAACGGUUUCCCUGGGCAUGCUGGAGCAAGAGGUCUCCCAGGACUCAAAGGGCCACCAGGGCAGAUAGGGCUAAAAGGACCAAAAGGUGAAAUGGGAGACAGGGGCUCCAGGGGCCCCACGGUGAGAGGUCCUAAAGGUCAGCCAGGACCCCCUGGCCUUCCUGGGGAGCCAGGCAAACCUGGCUACGGUCAAGAAGGUCGAGAUGGGCAGAGAGGACCUCCUGGCGUUCCUGGACAGCCUGGCGUGCCCGGUCCUCCAGGUCCAGCUGGCCUGAAUGGAUACUGUGACCCAUCAGCCUGCAACCUCCAGGCUGGAGCUGUCCAGCAGUCUCUGGAUGUGAAGGGACCCGCGGGGAACUGAGAGCCAGUUUGGCAGGGACACAAAGACUGUUGAAUUAUCUCCCCAAGCACACAACAUUUGUCACACUGUCCUCCCAAGGGCUGUCAUUGGCUCAGCGUCUUUGAUACAUUAACCUCUUUGUGUGAGCGUGUUUUUAUGCCAGCAACAUCUCAAUUAAAGGGAGCCAUCAUCGUUGAGUCAUAAAAAAGCCACAAAAUGGUCUUUUAUUUGCAGAAAAGUGUUUGAGAACAUUCAGAACUGAGCUGACCUUUCCAAGAGACAUGAUCAGAGAGUCUUGUUUGUCCUGCUGUCCUUGUACCUCUGCUUUUAUGUGUUCUCCUGUUUUUCACUGUGCGCUGUAAUAAAAGCCCUGGAAUCUUCUUAUGGAAAGGGAAAGAAUGUUUAUGAAAAAAGAAACAAAUUCAGAUAUUACUGUAUCUCAGCUGAACCCAAAGAACUGAAUCUACAUGUCCUGUCAGCCUCAUGAGAAAUAAAACAGACAGGACAUGCCUUCAAGUCACACUGACUUCAUUGCAUUUUGUAAAUCUGUAAAAAAAAUGUUUGAAAUGUGGAUUAUUUCAUAAAAUAAACACCUGAUGUGAGAUUUUGA